AUGUCUGCAAAGUACACCGUAGCUGAUCUUGUGCCCAAGAUCCAGCAGAACAUUGAUGCUAUGGACUAUCCAAUGGCCUAUGCUUUCUGCAAAAAAGCCAUGGAAAUGGAGCCUAGCAAUGUCGACCUUCUCGAAGUUACUGGUCAGGUAGAAAUGGAACUUUCUCUUUUUGCUGAGGCUAGAGAGCAUAUCCUUGCAGCUAUUAGACAGAACCCUAAUUCUGGCUACAGCAAGUAUAUGUACCUUGGACAACUUUCAGUAGAGAUGGAAGCUAUUGGUGCAUUCCAAAAGGGUGUUGAAUUGAUGGCUACUGAGAGAAACAGUGUACCCGAGGGAUCAGAAGAGGCACGCAUACUGGCAUCCAAGAUGGCUGGUGCACUUUGCUCAAUGACAGAAAUUUAUUUGACAGAUUGUUGCUUUGAACCCGAAGCAGAACAAAAGUGCGAAGAAUUCCUUCAACAGGCUCAGCAAGUCGAUCCCGAAAAUCCUGAAGUCUAUCAGUUGUUGGCUUCAGUUCGUUUGAGUCAGUCACGAAACGAAGAGGCAGCAGCAGCACUGGAAAAGAGUAUGCAACUGUGGAUUGACAAGGAAUUCGGAGAUCCAGCGAUACCUAGUUACGAUGCCCGACUUGCGUUGGUGAAACUGCAGCUCGAGAUGGGAAUGUUCCCAGCAGCAUUUACUGUACUUGAGGGCUUACAAAAGGAGAAUGAUCAAGUGGUUGAUUUGUGGUAUCUUUACGGCUGGUCUUACUAUUGCUUGGGUGAGGAUGAAAGUAUGCCAAAUGAAGAUAGACAGGCCAACUGGGAAGAUGCCCGUGAUUGCUUAGAAUUGGCAGUAAAGUUGUACAAAACAGUGGGUACAGAUGAUGAGGCCAUGGUUGAGCACGCAAAUGAGCUGAUACAGUCUAUUAAUGCGGUUGUACCCCCAUCUGCGCCAGAAGAUGAGACUUUUGCCGAUGAUGCCGAGGCCGAGUACGAAGAUGAAGAUGAAGAUGCUAUGGAGAUGUGA